GACACGCGGCUGCCAGCAGCCUGCGGCCGCUACGAUCGCGGACGAUGCACGCUCGUCGCUCGCGGUGUGUGCGCAACGUUGCGCUUGUGCUAGCACUCGCGCUUGUUUCUUUGCCCCACGCAGAUUAUGCAGCGGGGGCCGGCGGAGGGGGAAUGUUUGGUGAUGUCAACAUUUCAGCAAUUUUGGAUUCUCUAAGCGUAAGCUAUGACAAGAGAGUACGACCAAACUAUGGAGGACCGCCUGUGGAUGUGGGAGUCACGAUGUACGUGCUGUCAAUCAGCUCCUUAUCUGAAGUUAAAAUGGAUUUUACCUUGGAUUUCUACUUUAGACAAUUUUGGACAGAUCCAAGACUUGCUUAUAAAAAGCGGCCUGGUGUCGAGACUCUAUCGGUUGGAUCUGAAUUUAUUCGAAAUAUAUGGGUACCUGAUACGUUCUUUGUAAAUGAAAAGCAAUCGUACUUUCACAUAGCCACCACUAGCAAUGAAUUUAUUCGUAUUCAUCACUCUGGAUCUAUCACACGGAGCAUAAGGUUGACAAUAACGGCUUCUUGUCCUAUGGAUUUGCAAUACUUCCCUAUGGAUCGGCAGCUCUGUAAUAUUGAGAUUGAAAGCUUCGGCUACACGAUGCGGGACAUCCGAUAUAAGUGGAAUGAAGGCCCCAAUUCUGUUGGUGUGUCGAGCGAAGUGUCGCUACCGCAGUUCAAGGUGCUUGGCCAUCGUCAACGAGCUAUGGAAAUAUCACUUACAACAGGAAAUUAUUCGCGUUUGGCUUGUGAAAUUCAGUUUGUGCGUUCGAUGGGUUACUACUUAAUCCAAAUUUAUAUUCCCUCUGGAUUGAUUGUUAUCAUAUCAUGGGUGUCUUUUUGGCUGAACCGGAAUGCAACUCCAGCUAGAGUAUCUCUUGGUGUCACUACUGUGUUGACUAUGACUACUCUUAUGUCUUCAACGAAUGCUGCGCUACCAAAAAUCUCAUACGUCAAAUCUAUAGAUGUAUAUUUGGGCACCUGUUUCGUGAUGGUCUUCGCCAGUUUACUAGAGUAUGCAACCGUCGGCUACAUGGCGAAAAGAAUUCAAAUGAGGAAACAACGAUUUACUGCUGUUCAAAAGAUGGCUGCUGAGAAAAAAAUGCAGAUUGAUGGGGCUCCUGGACCUUCCGAAAUACCUCGACAAGAGCCUCUGCCACCACCAAGGACGAGCACUCUAGGCAGACCCGCUCCACCAAGCCGUUCUUCGUCCUAUAAUCCUCAUACACAGGAAGUGCGAUUCAAGAUUCAUGACGGAAAAUACUCUAGGAGUAGCACUUUGGAUAGUGCUCUCAAUGGCGGUCGAGGGGGACCGUCAUCAGCUCCAAUUCCUGUCCCCGUUCCGGUUCCGGUUGCAGUACCAGGUCCUGAGGAAGAAGCAGUGGCUCCACAUCUGAUUCAGGCAUCAAAGAGCAUCAAUAAACUACUCGGCGCUACUCCAUCGGACAUCGACAAGUAUUCACGCAUUGUUUUCCCCGUUUGCUUCGUCUGCUUUAACUUGAUGUACUGGAUUAUCUACCUUCAUGUAUCUGAUGUGGUUGCUGAUGAUCUUGUAUUACUUGGAGAAGAAAACUAAAGGAAAUUAUUUUCAUGUAAAAAGAUAUACCUUAUCCUUUGACUGCUAAUUGUACUAAUUAACACAAUCAUGUCCUUUUUAAACUUAAAUCUUACUGUUUGCAACAGUCCCUGCAUCUAAAAAUAAGGGACAUUAAAAAUAUAAAAAAAACUAUAUUACUAAAUGGCACUGAUGAAACAGUGAUAAUAGUCAAAUGUAAAUCAAUUUGUCUAUAAUAAAAUUAGUAAUAAAGUUAGCUCUUACAGUAUUAGUUCAGAAACCUAACACGAGAGUACCUUAUGUACUCAUUUAUAUCUAAGCACGUGUAGAAACCAUAGAAUUUCCGGUAGAACUAGACAAAAAUUAUAAUAAACAUAAUAUCACACAUGAUUUCAUUUCUUGUACUUAUUAAGGCAAAGACUUUAUUAAAGUAAUUAUAUUCUAAACUUAACUUUUGAUGGUAGCCAUCUAUUUAGGAAAAAUUUAGUUGUUAUACCAAAGAGUUUUAGUAUUAAAAGAGUAUUGAUAUAUACAUAAAUUAUAAUUUUAAAUUCUUAGGUAGAUAUACGUUUUUAAUAGUCUUUACGUGAGCUGCUCAAAUGGUAAAUAACUUGUAUCGUAUUAGGCGCAAAACACUUAAAACACAUUCGACAAAGUGCCUGUUGCUAAGAUACCUGGCUGUGGUCAUGGGAUUAAGCAAAUCAGGCGCUCUAUGUCAGAAGAUGUUAUUAUCUAGAAUAAGGGUAAAUUUAAAACUAAAACAAACUUAUCUUAAAAUAUCUACCUUUAGCCCCAGCAAAAGGAUCAAGUCUGUGAGAACGCGGUCUCAAGAAUGCAAUACGACUUAAAAGGCGUGCGAGCAAUAGGUAUUUUCUAAACAGCCGCAAUAUCUUAAUUAUGUAUAGUAUUUAAAAUAUAAUAACUAUGAAGGACUGUAGAUAAUAUAGGCAAAUGGACCUUAAUAUAAAGUGUAAAUAUUAUACAUAUAUUUAUAUGAAUAGAUCAUUAUAAUCAGGUCCUAGAUGAUAAAUAAUAUGUUUAUUAUCAACUCAAUUUAUCUUAUACACAAAAAUACACAUUCAAUAUUUAAAGCAGUGCACGGGACACUUUUUCUACAUUUAUAGUUAAGCAUAUAUAGUUGUCUCACCCCUACUUUAUUGAUUGUUGAUGCAUUUUACCCAAGUCAUUUACUCAACAGUCUGGAGUCAUAAUAGGGAUCCCUUGAGUGUUUGGUUUUGAAAGAUUAAUAUAUAUAUUAUAAUGCCUAACCAUUUCAUUUUUUUUACAUUUAAUCUCGUCAUGUCUGUAAAAAUCUGUUGGCAAGUCAUAUCCAAAAAUCAUUU